AAGCCGUGGGAAGGUGCAACAGGAGAGUGUCAACAAACUACACGUCGCCUGGAACAGUGCUCCAGUUUACCCGGUUCUGUCGGCUGUUUUCUGCUCUGUAGUAACAACCUGCCACAGAAACUAGCCAGGUUCUUUGCUGGUGGCCGGACUGGGCUCGUGUUGGCGUGUGUGAGCCCGCGUAACGCCAUGGAGCCCCCCUGUGUAGUCUGCUGACCGCCUGGCUGCUGGUGACGCGUCACAGAAGCAGCUUGGUCUGAACAGAUCCGGGGCAGGUCAUCGGUCAAGCGGCGCGGCGCUGCUGCUGACGUCACGUUCCGGUAAGGAGAGGUGACGUCAUGUUCCGGUGAGCUCAGGUGACGUCAUGUUCCGGUAAGGUCAGGUGACGUCACGCUCAGGUGAUCCCGCCUAAAGCCAUGUUUCUGUGAAAAGGACAGGCGUUUGUAGACUUGUAUGUAGAUGCCUGACUUGUACAUGUAGAUUCCUGAGGCGAUGCAAAGUGAUUCUGUGGAAACCCUUGAAGACGUCCCAGCUAUUAUAUACAUUAUGAAAAGAUUAAAGACGAAAAGAAAACUGCUGAAGAUCCUUGUGGCGACGAUGUGUUUCCUGGGCGCGGCGCAGGUCGCGUUCCGGUGUCAGAAAACCUCAAACCAAGACGAGGAAAAAUCCGCCAGCCGGCUGGAGGUUGUACAGAAAUGGUCGCCUUUUCAUGUCAUCAGAAACCAACUCAACUCAAGUUUAGUUGCCAACUCCUCCGCAGACAGAGACGAACGGCCCCAAAUGCAGCUCCGGCUCCUGUCCACACACGCGGCGAACCAGACGGGAGCGUUCUGUCUGGACGGUUCCGCGCCCGGAUAUUACUUCCAGCCGGGUGUUGCUGCAGGCCUGAGGAAGUGGGUGAUUUACCUGCCGGGCGGAGAGGCCUGCUUCACGCUGGAGGCCUGCAGAAAACGCACUUUGCAGACCAAAGGGCUGGGGCCGGGUACCACCAGGAAACUCGCCAACACGACGAAAGGCCACGCGUUGAGAAGCGCAGAUAAAACCAUCAACCCGGAAUUCUGGGACUGGAACAUGGUGGAGGCGGUCUACUGCGACGGCUUCUUCUUCUCAGGGGACAGAGCUGAUGUCGUGGUGCAUAGCGGGAGGAGGUUGUACUUCCGGGGCAAGCGGAUAUUGCAUGCUAUCGUAGCUGACCUUUUAACCAGAGGCCUGGCCCAAGCCACUGACGUCAUAUUCCACGGAUUUUCUGCCGGUGCCGUUGCCGUCCUGAGGCACGCCUCCUGGUUCCGGGAACAGCUGCCCCUGACCGUGAACUUCCGGGUGUUCGCGGCGUCCGCGGCGUUCCCGAUGUUACGUAGCGUCCGGACCGGCAGGUUCUUUAACGAGACGACGCUGUUCCCGGCCGUCAUCAUGCACCACGCCGCAAGAUCCGUUCCCAAAGCGUGCCUGCAAGAAGCGGACCCUAGCGGCCUGACGCUGAAGUGCCACGAGCCGUUCGGCCUGCUGCAGUACCAGUCUGCGCCGCUGUUUGUCGCUGGUUACGUGUACGACGCCUGGAUGUUAGACAACAGCCUGGAGGCCAGAUGCACUCCCAAAACCUGCAGGGGAGCGAGCGAGCGGGAAGGACUGAAAAACCUCAGCCGGGAAAUCUCGGAAACUCUGCCGGGUUUACUGAAACCUCAGGACGGGAUGUUUAUAGUCAACUGCAAGAAACAUUUUAUAAUUACGGAACACAAUACAUGGACGGCGGGGGUGACGGUGCAGGGUGUGACAGCCGCGAAGGCCUUUACGGACUGGUUCUACGGACGUGGGAACAGCCACAGACACAUGGACUGUGUGACCUUUCAGUGUUACCCCAAUCCCACAUGUACCAAGGCACGGUUAUAACACUAGUCCCCAAUCCCACAUGUACCAACACUUAGUGUUACCCCAACCCCACAUGUACCAAGGCGCGGUUAUAACACUAGUGUUACCCCAACCCCACAUGUACCAAAGCACGGUUAUAACACUAGUGUUACCCCAACCCCACAUGUACCAAAGCACGGUUAUAGCACUAGUGUUACCCCAACCCCACAUGUACCAAGGCACGGUUAUAACACUAGUCCCCAACCCCACAUGUACCAACACUAGUGUUACCCCAACCCCACAUGUACCAAGGCACGGUUAUAACACUAGUGUUACCCC